AUGAUAAUCAACAACGAAGACGCAAUGGAUAAAUCGCAAUCUGUCAUUUCAAUUUACAGCCAUGACGAGGAAGAUCUCAAGAGUGUUGCAUCGCUUCAAGCGACAAGCAUAGUUUCCAAUAAGCUGGGGGAAGCUGAUACUAGAUGGGUCAAUCGUUCCAAGUGUAUGGUGUUCUUUGUUCUCUUCCUAUCGGCCUUUCUAUGUGGUGCUGUGACGUACUUCUUCAUGGAAGAAGAGGAUAUUCGUUGGUAUACGGCCGAAUUUGACGAGCGCUCGCAAGAAGUGUUCAAUAGUGUUCAAGAUGUUUUGGGACGGUCGUUGCAAGCAGGAGAGCACAUGGCAGCAGGCUUGAUCUUGGAAACGGCUCACAAGGAGGUGCAGCUUCCAAACUUGACCUAUUCUACGUUUGGGAUCACUUCAGGCCACUUGAUGAAAUACUUUUCAGGAGGGCAAAUGAUGGGUGUUGCUCACUCUGUCUCGGCAAAUGAUCGGGCGAGAUUUGAAGCCUAUGCUGUAGAACAUCAAGAUUGGAUCGACUAUGACCACUUCCUUUACGACCUCUAUAAUGAUCGACCUGUUUUCACUUCCAUUCGAGAAGAGGGAACGAUUAGCGAGCACAUUUAUGGCAACACCAACGAAACUGCACAGUUGAGUGCGCCACUUUGGCAAAUGUAUCCAACGCCUACAAAUGGAACCCAGGCUCCCAUCAUGUUUGACUUGAUGUCGUUCGACUGGUUCAAGGAGCAAUGGGAUUUUUCAUUGGCACUGCGGAAUGGAAAAUAUCAGACUUCUAUUGGAUCUAUUCAUGAAGAUAUCAAUUUCUUGGUGGAUUAUGCUUCUGUGGGGAAUGAGAGCCCGAAGAACAUCACCGAUCCAAAGUUUCUGAUUCUGGAACCCAGUCAUGGAGGAUUUGUUCCAAAGUUUGAGUCUAUGAUAGUAAUCGCUAUCUCAUGGACGGAAUACUUCGAAGAUAUUCUACAAGAUCAGCCCGCUGGUGUCGUUGUAGAGUUGCAUGACGAUUGUCCCAGCAGUGAUGGAGACAAAUACUUUUUCAGGAGCAACAAAGAUUCUGUGAUCUAUAUUGGCAAGAACAUUGAAAAUCCUAACAUUCUUCCCUCCCUAUCGAAUCAUUACACUCUCUAUGGUGAAUCCCUGACUGAGUACUUGUCAGAUUUUUCAAUCGCCCAAGAUUCUUGUGGAUAUGCCAUCUCGGUCCAUGCAACAAAAGAGUUCAUUGAACAAUGGCAGCGAGACAUAUCCUACCUCGCCGCCUUUUUCAUCGUUGCAGCUUUUGGGUUCACUGCGGUCGUCUUUUUCAUGUACACUUACUUCGUACAAAAACGAAACCGUCUCGUGACAAGCACUGCAGAGCGAUCAACAGCUAUCGUCUCCAGUUUGUUCCCGAAAAAUGUUGCCGACCAAAUGAUGCUGGAAGUUCAACACGAGCCUACCAGUAGCAAAGGAAGAAUGAAGGAUGCAAUCCAGAUACUAAGUGGUUCCAGUGAAAUAAACACAGAUAGGUCCGCCCUCGAUUCAUCAGACCGAAAGGAACCCAUUGCCGAUCAUUUUGCUGCGACUACCAUCAUGUUCGCGGAUAUUGCAGGAUUCACGGCUUGGAGUGCUAAAAGAGAACCAAAAGACGUUUUCACCUUGCUCGAGACUAUCUUCGACGCCUUUGACCGACAUGCGGAAAGGCGUGGUGUUUUCAAGGUUGAGACUGUUGGCGAUUGUUUCGUAGCCGUUUGCGGUCUUCCAGACCCUCGUCAAGAUCAUGCUGUUGUUAUGGCUAAGUUUGCAUGUGACUGUAGGAAUGCUAUGAAAAAGGUUAAACGAAAGCUCGAGAAGGAGCUUGGGCCUGACACAGCUCAUCUGGACAUGCGCUUCGGGCUGCAUUCUGGUCCAGUAACAGCGGGUGUGAUUCGAGGCAAGACUCCGCGCUUCCAGUUGUUUGGAGACUCCAUGAAUAAGACAUCCAGAAUCGAGACUUCUGGAGAAAAGGGGCGAAUCCAUAUCUCCGAAGAGAUGGCAAACAUCUUGAAAGAUCAGGGGAAGCAAAAUUGGAUCAGCAAGCGAGAGGAUGUGGUGCACUUGAAGGGCCUUGGAGCGGUACCGACGUACUGGCUCAUUAUUGAUUCAGACUGGAUGGCAUCUCGGAAUUCACUUGCUAGCGUAGCGGCUACUACUGCUACUGAAUCAGAAGAAUUUUCCUCUGAAGAUGAAUUUAAUGAGAUGAAGCCUGUAAGCAACAAGUCCAAGAAGAUGUCAAAACUGAUCGCAUGUCAUUCAAAACAUCUGUUUGAAUGCUUGUCAAAAGUUGCUCAAGCUCGAAAGGGACAGCAUGACGGCGAAAUAGUACUCCAAGCUGUAGAACGAGAGGCUGUUUUUGGACAUGCGGAACCAUUGGACUGCAUUCAAUUCGAUGACAGCAUUCAAAGCCAACCAAAUGGGUCCAGUCCGACAACUCCACUUCACGCAAGCCUUCUAAAGCAGUUGGAAGAUUUCGUGCAGGAAAUAGCGGGGGCCUACAAUCCGCAUGCCUUCCACAAUGUCCAUCACGCUUCGCACGUUGCUCUGUCGCUACAGAAAGUCAUGCAAUCAUUCGAAUCUAGUCUUGAUCCACUGUCACAGUUUGCUAUACUGAUUGCGGCCUUAGUUCAUGAUGUCGACCACCAGGCGUCUCGAACCUGCAGCUUGCUCAAGAGAACGAUGCUCUUGCAACGAUCUAUGCGACAAGCACAGCAGAGCGCAAUUCUUUGGAUGUUUUCUGGCACAUCUUUGGCCAAGAGUGUUUUCUUGAGUUGCGAAGAGCCGUUUACCAAACUCACACUGAGUUUGAACACUUUCGACAAGUGA